AUGGCAACACCGCAGGACUCUCUUGGUGCACGGGCUGCAGGUCAUGAAACUCCAGAGGGCCAGGGACUGUUUGUGGUGCCCUUGGCUGCUACCGUUUGUAGCAUGAUUGUGGCCAUCAUCUCCCUGACUCUAUUGUCGGCAUUCUUUGCCCUCCGUUUCACAUUCAUCACAUCAUGGAAAAAGGCACCAUUGACCAGCUGGGUCAUCUUGGCCAUUUACAUCGACUCUUGGUUAUUUGUGGCGAUAUCGAUGAUCCUACGCUGGGGACCUGGUAUCAAUAACAACUUUGACAUGUGCUCCACGGCCAUUUUCCUGUGUUUGGCUUGUUACAUUUCGACCAAGUUGAUUUACUUUUUCCUAGUCGAAAAGGCUUUUGUUGUCUGGGGAGGUGGCAGAAAUUCGAGACUCGAGUCCAAACUGUACAUUUUCAACUCAUUCGGCAUGUUGACCAUUUUCAUCAUCAUUGGAAUUCUCAACUUUGUCUUCCGAAUCACGUAUCUCGACAAUGGAAAAUGUGUAAUUGGGAUGCAAAGACCUGUCUUGGUCCCAUUGGUGUCCUUUGACCUGGGCGUAAACGUCUAUUUGACUAUCUUAUUCCUGAUUCCCCUGAGGCGCUCAUAUUCCUUCAACAUGGACAAGACUUCGGGGAACGAGAAGCUGCGCGAUUUGGUCAAGCGGACCUUCAUUGGCGCAGUCACAUCCACACUCACCUGUGUUCUUAACGUUGCCAUCAUGAUGGCCCUGAACGGCGAGCCAGGAUGGAUCUGUCUAUUAUCUUGCAACUUGGAUCUCCUUGCCGAUACGAUCAUUGUCCAAUAUGUCACAUCUCGCGAUAACAGUGGCACCCGAGGCAACUUUUCAGACAGAAGCAAAACAUCAGUCGCCGUCGAGCGGUCCAUCCACAUUCAUACAACCACCUCGAGCCGAACUGGCGGCGCCCUGGACAAGAGCAAGAGCGGCAGUGUGGCCGACAUCGAUGACGAUAUUCAGGUCUCGCCGUUCCGAGUGGUGGCUGCAGGAGGAUUCCAAAAGUCGACCGACAGACUCAAAAGAGAAUGCACCAAUGAACGAUGCUGGGAAGAAGACAUAGAGCUAGCCAACGUGGGGAACCUCGACUUGGGCACCCAGACUCACAUUGUCGCAACGACCACGAGGCCUUUCGCUUGA